AGAGAGAGCAUUCAAUCUGCUCCACCGACACGCCCAUCAACCCCAGCGAGACGCUCCGCAAACACUAUGGAUCUUGUGCGGCGGAUUUCGCGUGAAUUGGACUAGAAGAGCAGACCCUUUUUGCGCAUUACAAAACUGAUGGCGCCUGGAGAAAAAUGGCUCUUCUGAGAAAGCUAAACAGGAUCCUCCUGGGGCUGCUGAUCUUCAUGGUGUACAUCAUCCUGUACAGCAGGAUGUACAGAGCACCGUCACCUCCGAGCCACACAGAUGUCAGGGCGGAGCCUGGUGUUGUGGGCGGAGCUGCGGGUGGGGCUGUGGGCGGGGCUAAGGGCGGGGCAGCGGAGGAGGAGGUGUCGGAGGUGGAGGCAGGGGACAUCCUGGUCGUGAUCUGCGCGGCAGAGGAGCGCAUGGGCGGUGCCAUGGCAACCGUUAACAGCGUGCGCAGCAACACGGAGGCCAGCGUGUUCUUCUACAUCGUCACCCUGCACGACAACGUCGCGUACGUGAGGCAGUACAUACAGAAGUCUGAGCUGAAAGACAUCAGGUUUAAGAUCCUGGAGUUCAACCCCACGGUUUUGAAAGGAAAAGUGAGACCCGACUCCUCCAGACCUGAGCUUCUGCACCCACUCAACUUUGUUCGCUUCUACCUGCCGCUGCUGGUCAAACACAGGAGAGCCAUCUACUUAGACGAUGAUGUCAUCGUGCAAGGGGAUAUCCAGGAGCUGUACAACACCAAGCUGAAGCCGGGACAUGCGGCUGCAUUCGCCAGCGACUGUGACCUGCCGUCUGAGGUGGUGCGCACCAUGGGCAUGCAGACGACGUACAUGGGGUUCCUGGACUACAGGAAGCUGGAGGUCCGGGAGUUGGGGAUCAACCCCAGCGACUGCUCCUUCAACCCCGGAGUCUUCGUCGCCGACAUGGAGAUGUGGAAGCGCCAGAAGAUCACCAAGCAGCUGGAGACGUGGAUGCAGCAGAACUACAAGAACAACCUGUACAGCAGCGCCAUGUCUGGGGGCGUGGCCACGCCGCCCAUGCUGAUCGUCUUCCACGGAAAAUACACCGCCCUCGACCCCAUGUGGCACGUCGGCCAUCUUGGCUGGAGCCCGGACACCCAGUACUCGGACGCCUCUCUCCACGAGGCCCAGCUGCUGCACUGGAGCGGCCGGUUCAAACCCUGGGACUACCCCUGCGUGCACAUGGAGCUGUGGGAGAAGUGGUACAUCCCAGACCCCUCCAGGAGGUUCUCGUUGGUACGGCCCAACAGCUGAAUGAGAGACAGAGGGGGAGAGACAGAGGGGGAAGAGGUCCCACCAAAGCCACACUGCACUUUGCGUCACUCGUACUCUGGACAGAAGAGCUGCGUGAGUUUACAGUAACCCCCACCCCCACCCCCCCGUUCCCCGUGGCGAGGCCCCACAGCUCACAGGGAAUAGGGCGUCAAUGUCUUCACAUCGGACAAAACUGAAGGCCGGAUUUCUCCAAAAACCAACCCAAAUGCCCCCCACUCCCCUCCAUCCUGAAACAUCCAGACAUUGCACCUGGUUGUAGAGGCUGAACACUUUCAUGAAAACCACACAACAAAUAAAGACCUCUGUGACAAGAUGGACUAGAUUUUGGGGGGGGGGGCGUUUUCAGGUACAAACCAUGUUCAGCACGAACACAACUUAAGCAUUUCCGGAAUGCACAAAACAAAAGGUUUAAGGCCAUAUAUAGAUGGAGAAAUUACUAGGAGGCUAACACCAAAAUAAAGUGUUGUUGCGACAUC